GUCGCCUGCCAGCAGGGAAACUUCCCUCCAGCUCCCAGGGUGGGUCUCGUCCUCUCUCCAGCCCUGCUCAGGCAUUUGGCAGGUUCAGGUCCGGCAGAAGCACAGCUCCUGCAGUCGGGCUCCAAGCGCACCUCCAGCCUGAUGGGAUCAACCGAGGAGGCUCCCAGGAGCACAGGAGGGGCUGCAACCCAGGUACCCAGAAAGUGAGCAGCUCCAUGCAGGACUGCACACGUUGGCCAACACCCGAAGGGAUGCCCACUGAAUGAGCACAAGAGGCGUGCCAUGCCAGCGGGCAGAGCAUCUGUUUUUCCCACUCUCUGCAAUUAACAAACCCAACCCAAACUGCCACAGGUGUUCCUUGUGGGGAGUUUCCUGUCUUACAAAUGCCGGGCUCACUUCGAGGAGAGUCACGUUUCUUUCUAAAGAUGGAUUCGUUGUUUGAAACAGAUCUCUGGGAGCCUUUCGGCAAAUCUUGAAAGCUGCACGGCGCAGACAUGGAUGUGACUUCCCAAGCCCGGGGCAUGGGCCUGGAGAUGUACCCAGGCACCGCGCAGCCAGCAGCCCCGAAUAGCACCUCCCCUGAGCUCAACCUGUCCCACCCGCUCCUAGGCACUGCCCUGACAAAUGGGACGGGCGAGCUCUCAGAGCACCAGCAGUAUGUGAUCGGCCUCUUCCUCUCGUGCCUCUACACCAUCUUCCUCUUCCCCAUCGGCUUUGUGGGCAACAUCCUGAUCCUGGUGGUGAACAUCAGCUUCCGCGAGAAGAUGACCAUCCCCGACCUGUACUUCAUCAACUUGGCGGUGGCGGACCUCAUCCUGGUGGCCGACUCCCUGAUCGAGGUCUUCAACCUGCACGAGCAGUACUACGACAUCGCCGUCCUGUGCACCUUCAUGUCACUCUUCCUGCAAGUCAACAUGUACAGCAGUGUCUUCUUCCUCACCUGGAUGAGUUUCGACCGCUACCUUGCCCUGGCCAGGGCCAUGCGCUGCAGCCUGUUCCGUACCAAGCACCACGCGCGGCUAAGCUGCGGCCUGAUCUGGAUGGUGUCCGUGUCGGCCACGCUGGUGCCUUUCACCGCCGUGCACCUGCAGCACACUGACGAGGCCUGCUUCUGUUUCGCGGAUGUCCGGGAGGUGCAGUGGCUGGAGGUCACACUGGGCUUCAUUGUGCCCUUCGCCAUCAUUGGUCUCUGCUACUCCCUCAUCGUCCGGGUGCUGGUCCGGGCGCACCGGCACCGUGGGCUGCGGCCGCGGCGGCAGAAGGCGCUCCGCAUGAUCCUGGCGGUGGUGCUGGUCUUCUUCGUCUGCUGGCUGCCAGAGAACGUCUUCAUCAGCGUGCACCUCCUGCAACGGACACAGCCCGGGGCCGCUCCCUGCAAGCAGUCUUUCCGCCACGCCCACCCGCUCACCGGCCACAUCGUCAACCUGGCGGCGUUCUCCAACAGCUGCCUCAACCCCCUCAUCUACAGCUUUCUCGGGGAAACCUUUAGGGACAAGCUGAGGCUGUACAUUGAGCAGAAAACAAACUUGCCGGCCCUGAACCGCUUCUGCCACGCCGCCCUGAAGGCCGUCAUUCCGGAUAGCACCGAGCAGUCGGAUGUGAGGUUCAGCAGUGCCGUGUAGCCAGCCUCAGCCGCAGAGGAGCAGCGGGGUGUGACUCUCAGGAGCUGCACGCACCUGGGUAGACAGAAGGCACAGCCACGUCCUGUGGCCAGAUGUGGCUACCGGCUCCUUGGGGCCUCGAGAGGGUCAUAGUCAGAUGUGGCUACCGGCUUCUUGGGACCUCGGGACGGUCACACUUGCCUGGUCCCCCUGAGGCUGCUGAGGAAACCUCAAGACAGGUCCUUCUUGAUUUUGCAGUGCUCACACAGAAUUGCUACAGUCAAAAAACGCUCGCCCUGCAGGGUCCAAAGGCCAGCAGUGACUAGUCUGUUGCCCAGCUCCUCCCUGCACAACCUGCCUGCCGCCACAGGAAGUGAUUCUGACACCUUUGACCACGAAAGCCACACAGAGAGGCUGCUGUGGAUGAAGUAACUUAGUGACACGGUGACCCUAAAGCAAGUCUCCCACUGUCGGAGAGCUGACGCUGGAGAUACAAGGCACUGGCCAGGCUGAGCUACACGCCGCCGUGUGCCCUCCGCGCCUGCGGUCUGGAAUGCACGAGGUGCGAGCUAGCUAGCUAGUGCACCACUGAGCUAAGGAGGGAAAGCGAACACACUGCUCUGGUGCACACUUGAGCGUCCUCCAUCUUCCAGGACA